AUGGCGGCUUCAACAUACUCUGCAACAAACUCAAUUUCACUAUCAAAUUCCACUUCGAUCAUUAUCGACUUCCAUUUGAGAAGUAGAAAUUCGAAGCUUUUCUUCACCAGAAGCUCACUUUCAUUUCGUCCGCGUAAAAGGCUUACUGUGAAUAACGUCGCAAGCAAUCAACGGCAACAACUUGAAGAUCUAGCCACCAAAAAAGAAGGAGAGGUAGGCUCUUUGGAUUCCUUUUUGCCAGAUUCUGCAUCUGUGGCAUCAAGUAUCAAGUAUCAUGCAGAGUUCACCCCGUCAUUCUCCCUAGAGCAGUUUGAACUUCCCAAGGCCUUCUAUGCUACUGCAGAAAGUGUUCGCGACAUGAUAAUCAUAAACUGGAAUGCCACAUAUGAUUACUACGAAAAAUGA